GAUUGUGAUUUUCAGGAGCCAUUGCUUGUCAGACGGUGACGUCAUCUUGUCCAUCAGGGAAUUCGAUACUAAAGGAAUGAGUAAGAAAGAUGUGAAGAGAUAUUUCAAAGAUUCCAAUCCUCGCCUUAACAUGAAAGUGGAAUAUGUCACUCGGGAAGCAUGUUUUGGUUAUUGUAGAAUAUAUUCAUCCCAGAGAAUGUUUCUGGCUUUGAGAAAAGUAAACGGAACUUUUGGAUUUGUUUUAAGAAAAAGUUCAGAACUUUUAGAAUAUCCAGUCAUCAGCAGCAUCAAGCAUGGGAGUCCAGCUGAUAGAGAAGGGACUUUGAUGGACGGAGACAGAUUGCUGGAGGUUGACAAUCAGAACUUGUCUUGGAUUCCAUUGGCAGAAGUAGUCAGUUUCCUGCAAAACAAAGACGAAGUCUUACUUCUCAUCGAAUAUAAUGUUGGAAUUAUUGAUUUGACCGAAGAAAAAGACACUCACUUGGAAAUAACUUGUCCUGAUGCCAAUCUCGGGAUGACAGUGGUCAAUGAUGAAAACUCGAAAAUGAUUAUAUCAUUCAUUCAACAAGGCAGCUUAGCUCAGAGAUGUGGCGUGUUUCAGGUGCAAGAUGAAAUUUUGUCAAUAAACGGAGUCGAUGUAAAAACCAUGUCCUCAACUAAAGCAAAUGAUCUCCUUCGGCGGUUUAGAAAAGGUUUUGGAAAACUUACCUUCUUACACAAAGGUAAGAAUACGAAACUUGAAACCAGUGUUUGUCAGGCGACAUCCAAGUCAGAAUGUUCCUCGCAAACUUUCUCAUCAUCUUUGCCUGUUCCUCCAAACAGCUGGUCCAGUUCCUAUUACGAUCCCAUACCGGAAGAUGAUUUCUUCAAAGUCAUGGAAAAUUAUAAAACUCAAAAUGAUUACCAGUUGAAAAUCAUGUCCAUACUAAAGGAUAUACAGAUGAAUGUAGGUAACAUUCAACAAAGCUUACCGAAUGAGACCUCAGACAUAAUACAAGACGCAAGUCUGUCAAGAGAUGAAAUAAAUACCAACGAGAGUUAUCAAAGUGAUAAAAAUAGUGAGUUAGAAAAACUCAAAGGACAAUUUGACCUGCUAUUGAAUUUGACGCAUGCUCUGCUCAUUCGUGUUAUUAAAAACUCGGCUAGAAUGAAUCACAAUUUCUGCAAUGACGCACAAGUAAGAACUCAACAGAGUGAAGACCCAAUUAUUGGUGACAAAUGUACAAUUGAAUUUAUCGACGCUGUGAAUGAUAUUGCCAGUAGGAGACUCGUGUCAAAAACCUCUGCGAAAAAACUCAUUCAGGCUGUUGUUGAAAUUAAUAGGAAUUGUCGACUGUGCGUUAAUGAAUUCUACGCUGCCUCGUUUGCUGUACGUAAAGUGCAUCUUUUACUUUCCCUGAACAAUACGACUCAGCAAGAAUAUAACACAAUUCGGCAUGUGAUGAAGAGAGUUUGCCAAUUGCCUCUUCCAUGUCAUGAUUGCAUGUUACGAUUUGGCACAGAGUCAACCACUGAAGCUCAAACUUGUCAAACAGUGCCAAAAGUUGAAAACAAUUUGAUUGCUCCGAGAACUAGAGGAGUUGGAGCUUCAUCAUCUUCUCCAGACUCAACUAAGUAUACACCAAACGAAAUUCGAUCAACGAGCGAUUCACAAGCAUUGUCCGAGGCUCAAGUUGGUUUAAAUUUAUCUCAGCAAACAGUUAUGUAUAGCCUUAGAAGGAGCGAAAAUACAAAUGCAAAAACCACGAAUUCUGAACCUUUUAAUUCGUCUGGCGUAACAAAUCUAUCAAUAUCACCGUUCGAAAAUGCUAAACAGUGUUGUUCUGCACGAUAUGACCAGGAUGCUAUAAUUUAUCCUGUUUACAAUCAAACAGGAAUGCGAUGUGAUUCUAACCGAGACAAUAUUUAUGAAAACGAUAAGCAUUCAAGACCUAGCUCUACAUUAACGAAUGAUUGUAUGGUUAGUUCUACCUUAACUUCAUUAACUGAAGCAGAUAGACAAAGAGGGAUAUUAAACGAAGAUGGUCAAAGCUUAUCUUCUAUCAGGCCAAUAAAUGCAUUCGAAAGACAUUCGACACCAUUGCCUGAAACUCCAGCCCGUAAGCCUCUUUGUCAAUGCAAAAGCUCUAUGGGGUUUGAAGUCCAUGCUGAAGAACCAAUGGCCGGUACCAGUCACAAAUCAGAUGGUCAUCUUGUAAAGACUAGCGCCAAGAAAGCAAAUUUCACAACUCAUCAUACUGAUCGUCAGGAAGUUUUGUUGAAGGCUGAAAAUGGAGCAUUUGGUUUCAUUCUCGGUUACAGUUCUUUGUUAAUGGAUGAUGAAAACCGUGUGCCAAUCAUAUUCGCCAUUAAGCCUUAUAGUUCAGCACACAAGUGCGGAUUGCUUAAAAAAGGUGACAGAAUCCUUGCAUUGAAUGGGUAUGGCACUGUCGGAAUGUCCAUCGGUGAGCUGGAAUCUCUGCAGAGAGAGGUCUUCAACAUCGACGAGGUUGUCAUGACUGUAGAAUUCGACGUCAUGGAUGCUGAAGACAGGUGGGGCACUUUCACCCUCCAUCUCGAAACUUGUCUCAAAUUGGGACUUGUCAUGGACGAGCCGAAAUAUCCAUCAUUUGUUCGAGGUGUAGUGAAAGGUUCGUCUUCUCACCGUUCGGGUCAGCUGUUUGCCGGUGACGAAAUCCUAUCAUUUUCAACUCUAAAAGAAGAUACUUUAAAUCUGCAGACAAUGACUAUGCGUAAGACAAAGACCCACCAACUCACUGUUCUCAGGGAGAAAAACAAUGAACGUAAAAAAGAAGCAAACAAUAAACUUUUCGAUCUACCCUUCAAUCAUAAUUCUUUCGUUCAGAGCGGUCCUCAAUUCAACAUCAAGAGGACUUCGAUCCGCACAAUUGAAGGCCUCGAAGGUCAGGACAAACUAGUUCUGGAGCAAGACUUUACUCUUUUUCGAGAUCCGUUGACUUGGGACUUUGGUUUCCUGUUUGGAGAGAAUCCAAAGACCGGCAAUGCUUAUAUCACCGAUAUCCGUCCAGGAGGUCCGGCCGACAACUCCAAAAUCAUCAAAAAAUAUGACAGGAUUAUAGAGGUGAAUGGAGUACUAGUUGACAAAACAGCUGAAAAUUCCGUUAUGAAUAUGUUUAUGAAAACCGAGGACAGUGUCAAUCUAGUGACCAGGAGAGUUUUACGUUAUAGAUAAUUUUGCUUUAAUACUUAAAAUUAUUUAUAUUUCCAUGAACUAAAAACUAAACUUAUAUUCAUUAACUGGUAGGAUAUAUCACAUUUUUGGGAACAAAACAUUUUACUAUUAUAAUGCAUAACAAUUAAAUUAAUAACU